AUGAGCGCAACGACGACGACAGCUCCUGAUCUCUCCCUCCACAUAAGCCCUCCGUCACCACCGGCCGGCGGCGUCGAGAAGCCGCCGGAGCCGAGGCUGCAGCUGGGGCUGGAGCUCGACGACGACACCGUGGCGGCGGCCGCGGUGACGAAGAAGGUGGACGACGCGGCGGCGGCGGUGCAGGAGCACAACCUCCAGGUGCAGCGGCGCCAGCUGCACCAGCCGAGCCAGACGGCCCACGGGUUCAAGAAGAGCUCGUCUGGCACCGCCACCGCCGGCGGCGGCAGCGGCGGGAGGAGAAGCUCCAGAGCGCCGCGGAUGCGGUGGACCACCGCGCUGCACGCGCACUUCGUGCACGCCGUCGAGCUCCUUGGUGGCCACGAGAGAGCAACACCAAAGUCAGUAUUGGAACUGAUGAACGUGAAGGAUCUUACACUGGCACAUGUCAAGAGCCACCUGCAGGCAAAUGUACAGAACAGUGAAGGGCACACACAGAUCAUGUGGCCAAAUCAUAAUGCCAUGGCCAUGCCAGAGACAUGGUCCUUCUCAGAACAGGUGUUGUUGGUGAAGGGGAUGGCUUUUGAUGUUUUCAACAGCAACAACUCAGUCAACACCAUCCCUACCUUCAACAACAAUACUGAUAGGUUUCCACUGCUACAUUUCUUCUCAGAUGAAUUUAUUCUAUUAUAUGUACUGAUCAUCAGUAAAUAA